AAGCCAGAGGAAGUCAUCUCAGGCUGAGAGAGGAGGAGCUACUCACCUUCCAAAGGGAGCAGAAGCCAGCAAUUUCCAAUCAUUAGCUUUGGUCUUCAGCUGAGGUUUCACCAUGUCUAGCCAUCAUUCUUUGUCUGACCCUGCUAAACCACCCAGUAGCCCUUUGGUGCCAAAUCCUGGCCCAUCGAGUCCUCCUGAACCACCACUGUCUGAUGAGCCGAAUCCUGCUUUUCCAGGCGUUCCUGUUGCACCUUGGCCACCAUUGCCUGUGUGGUCCGUGAAGCCUCUCAACCCUGACCAUCUUCAGCCAUCAGGACCUGAGGUUCCUAAAGAACCAGAAGGACUUCCAGCAUGUCCAAAUCCUAGCUAUGCUUUUCAGCCAUCAAAACCUAUAGAACCCAACAACCCAGGACCACCAACCCCUCUGCAGUCAUCCCUGUCUGAUGAGACAACCUCUUCUAGGUUUUCUGUUGCACCACUGCCCGAGGGGUCUCACAAACCAGUCAGUCCUCAACAAUUGGGACCUGGGAAACCAGAAGGACCCCCUAAAUCUCCAGGCACUAGGCACCCAAGACCUCAGCUAUCAAAACCAUCCCAUCCUCCUAAGCCACCCUUGCCAGAUGAUCCAUAUCUACCUUCUCCAAUGCUUCCUGUUGCUCCUUGGCCACCACUACCUGAGUGGGAUGAUUCAGGGAAACCCCCUAAAGAUCAAUCUGAUAAAGACUAAUUUUCUUCCAGCUAUUUUAAUCAAAGACUCCUUUUUA